UAUUACACAGUGUGCAGUUUGAAUGGUACUGAAUAUCAGUGCAGGUGUGAGGAUCAGUAUUUCUGGCCAUGUGAAAAGUGCAAACUAUAUGGGUCUUGUGGUAACAUCACCAAUUCCUCUUGUGGCUGCAUCAAUGCUAUUCCAAAUGAUGGACACUUCUGCCAACCAAUCAAUGAGCUGAUGAAUAACUCUACAUGUCCAACUGAACCACCCCCAGCUGAAUAUCUGCUUGAGAUUGAAAUUAGCGCAGUGGAUGUAACGGUCCUGAAUCAACUGAGGAACAUUUUGAAGACACUCAGUUUACCUACAAUAAAUAAUAACAUCAAUAUCACUGAACAAAUCUAUGGUACUGAAUAUCAGUGCAGGUGUGAGGAUCAGUAUUUCUGGCCAUGUGAAAAGUGCAAACUAUAUGGGUCUUGUGGUAACGUCACCAAUUCCUCUUGUGGCUGCAUCAACACUCUUCCAUAUGAUGGACGCUUCUGCCAACCAAUCAAUGAGCUGACUAAUAACUUUAUAUGUCAAGCUGUAACCACAGUUAACACAACAAAUACAACCAGCACAUCCACAGUAACCACCGGAACUACUGCAAAACCAUCUAUACAAACCACAAUUGCAGGCACCCAUGUAUUAAGCUUCUCACUGAUAAUAAAUGAAGUAUUUGAUUUUGCACUCACUGACCAGAGCAGUGAAAAAUACAACACAUAUAAACAAAAAAUUUCAAGUUCAAUUGAUAAGAGCUACAGGACUCUACUUAGCUACCGGCCCAAUUCUGCAACAGUGACUGCUUUCAGACCUGGCAGUGUGAUUACAGACUUUACUAUCAAUACAACAAAUGCUACCCUUAAUUUGGCAUCAGCAAACCAAGACCUUGCUAGUAGUCUCCGUUUACAGGGAUUCGAUGUGAGCGAUACUGCAUUCAUCCAAAGUGUGAAAGAUGGACUAUAUGAAAGUAGUGGCAAUAUAUAUCCUGGGACAAAUCUCACACUGACCUGCAAUCCUCCAGUAAAUAAUAGCAUACAAUGGUCCCUGGAUGGGAAACCCAUCGUAAACAAUUCAAAUAAUAUCCAUCAACUCGAUAAUGUCACCCCCGAUGACAGUGGUCAAUAUGCAUGCACAACUACAGUAAACGAAAUGCCCUAUGUUAUCUGGCAAAUCAUUACAAUUCAACCAUACCCCAAUAUCGAAGUGAGCACUAGCAAAGUUGUACAAUGUGAGGAUACAACAAUCCCACUGCAGUGUUGUGUACAGGAGAUGUAUCAAGUGGAGUGGAACAUAUCUUGCACCUCACCUUCAACAGGCUCACCGGCAGGCUGCAUAUUAUGUGACUAUACAAUUAAACAAAAUGAUUGCCAGACUGCUGAACAAGAAAAACACGUCACAUGCAAACUCAAAAAUCCCAUCAAUGGAACUAUAACUCAAAGUUACAACUCAAAGAGCAUCACAAUAAGUGUAUCAAACAAAGCAUUUAGCUGCUCAGAUAGUAUAUUUGGAGCUGGAAAUCUGGGAGACGUACAAAAAGGCGACUGUAAUAAAGAAAUGGUUGGCUAUCAAGUAGCUCUGUGUAAUUCAUCAAACCUCUGGCAACCCAUAGAAGACUACUGUGUCCUGCGUAUCUUUGCAACUUUAAAAGAUGAAGCUGAGAAUUUACAGGUUGGAAACCUCCAACAAUUUAUGGCCAACGUCAGCAAUAAUGCUGUAUUACAGAUUCAAAACAUCACUGAUUCUCCAGCUACCAUAUUAACAAUUGUAGAAAUACUGAAAAUCAUUUCUAGUUUCUCACAAAAUAUUUUAAUCAAUCAACCCGUCAUGACGAAUUUCUUACAAACAACCGAUGUCAUUGGAUCAGAUGAUACACGAGACACAUGGGUGCUUUUAAACAAAAACAGUACAACAACGAAUGCCAGUUCUGAACUUCUGAACUCAACUGAGAGCAUUGCACGCAGACUCCGGGAUGAAAGCAUCUCAAUAAUAACAAACAUAUCUUCUCUCAAAAAAACUUCCAUCACUGCCCCCUUUUCUGGAACAUUUGGAAAAAAUUUAACUACCCAAAUAAAUAUUCCAGCAACUAGUACACAGACGUCCCUCACAGUCAUAAUUUCUUCAGCUUUUAACAAUGUCUUACCUGUUCGAAAUCUUACCUACAAUGACAGCAAUCAGACUGGCACCAGCAUCAAUGGAGAUGUAGUACUGAUUGAGACAAACUCAACAAUUAACAACAUUUCCCUCUCUAUUGACAUAAAAAAUAAGAGACUGGGAAACCCUCAGUGUGUCUUUUGGAACUUUAAUCUUCUGAAUGACAUUGGGGGAUGGGACUCAACUGGAUGCCAACUAAAGAAAUUAGGAAAUGAAACUGAAAGAAUUACGUGUGAGUGCAAUCACACAACCUCUUUUUCAAUCCUGAUGUCACCAUUUACCCUGGAUAAAAACUUAGCAAUAGUCUUAGACUAUAUAACUUACAUUGGUGUGGCCAUUUCAUUGGGCAGCUUGGUUUUGUGUCUCAUCAUUGAAAUGAUUAUAUGGAAAUCAGUGACAAGAAAUGACACAUCCUACAUGCGCCAUGUCUCCAUAGUCAACAUCGCUGUCUCCCUUCUGAUUGCGAACAUAUGCUUCAUCAUUGGAGCAGCAGUUGUAAAGAAGGGAGUGGGUCCCUGCAGUACAGCGACAUUCUUCAUGCACUUCUUUUAUCUUGCCCUUUUCUUCUGGAUGUUGCUGUCAGCACUCUUGCUCCUCUACCGCACCCUCAUGGUCUUUUCCAGAAUGACCAGAGGAGCAAUGAUGGCCAUAGCCUUCACUGUUGGCUAUGGAGCCCCGUUAAUCAUAGCUGUCAUUACUGUGGCCUCUACAGCUGGAAGUCAAGGAUACAUGCAAAAAGAUUACAAUUGUUGGCUAAACUGGAGUAAAACGAAGGCCCUCCUGGCAUUUGUGAUUCCUGCUCUGACAAUUGUAGCUAUAAACCUCCUGGUGCUUAUUGUGGUUCUCUGUAAAUUGUUGAGGAGAGGAGUUAAAGCCACCACUCAGCCAGAUGAGAAACAUCCCCUAAUGGUCAUUGCUAGAUGUGUGGCAAUUUUAACACCUCUCUUUGGUCUAACGUGGGGAUUCGGCAUUGGGACCAUGGUGUCACCAAACUUUGGGAUUCAUGUGGUGUUUGCGUUCCUUAAUUCACUGCAGGGUUUCUUUAUUUUGCUGUUUGGAACAUUACUGGAUAGUAAGGUUCGAGAAGCAUUGGCACGAACGUUUUCACUGAGUAACUUAAGCUCUAUCCUUACCAGGAGUACGAGUGCCUGACCUUCAUCUCAGAGGUUACGGCAGAGAAAUGUGUACAAUGUGUCGAGUCCCGAAAUGUCUUCAAGCAACUCAGAUACAACUACUGACAGCUAUGCUGCUAGGGCCAUGUUAUACAAGUGCAAACAUCAUACAUUAUACAGUACAUUUGCAUGCAAAAUAAGAAAAGCUUUUCAUUGUUUAAGUGGUUGUUGUUAAUAUAUAAGAAAAUGAAAAUGAAUAAAUAAAAAAGAAAAUUAACAAGUAGAACUCGACAGGGAUGCAAACUAAUCCUAAUUGUUUAAUCCUUCUUGUUACUAGUUUAACAAUAUAUAUAUUAACAAUAUAUAUAUUAACAAACUACUAUUAUCAAAAGAUUUUUAAAAACUCUUCUAAUUUAUCCUCAUUAUUUGAUACUGCACCCAUACAACGAUGAGAUAUUUUAUUCCUUAUUCUCCUUAUUCUACCGAAAUAAAAGUUCGGUAUCAAGUUCAACUUUUGAUCUACUAAUUGCCUGGAUCUUAAUUCAUAUCUUAACUACAUUCUAUUAACUUUCAUUUACUUUGAUUAAUCUCUUAACUACAGCUAUUCACUUUGACGAUUUCACACACAGGUAUGUGUUACAUUGCCAGAAUGCACCAAAUAUUUGAACAUGGUCCUGUUUUGUAAAUAACAUCCCACUAAAAUGCUGGUCCUAUACAGAUACAGUAUGUGCAAUUAGUUAUGGUUAAAUGGAUGUUUAUGUGUCACUAAGAGAAACAGCUGUUUCUACCAAAAAUUGUGAUUAGAACUUGCCAGAUUUACUUGCCACUUUACACACAGUUUGUUUCAUUACUUACUGUCACGGUGACCUCAGGGAACACUCCAUCAUCUAACCUGGACUUCUAAAACCAAAAACCAACCCACGCUCACCUGUAGCCAAUCACAUUCAAAAUACAAUGCCUAAAGGGUUGAUGAGUUAUUCUCUGCUGUGCAUUUCUGAGCCAUGGUUUGUGUGUGUGAUCUGUUUGGUUUUGCAUUUUUUAACCGUUGAGUCUUGGAUUAUAUUUUGGUUGCCUGUCUUUCUUCAAGUGUUGACCUGUCUGUUUAAAAACCUCUCAAUUUUGGAUUUGGGGCUGGAUUUUGUUACUGUUGCUGUGCUUUAAAUAAAUACAUCUCAACAAUGAA